GGACUGAUCGUGGGGAAGGGUUGGGGGGAUCGAAGGGCAGCCCGUUGUCCAGGUGAUCAGAGGCCCAGCACCUGGCAGGGGUGCGGGUGGGGGUCGGGUUGGAAAGAAACUCAGAGGGAGAAGAAGAGAUACCCAGAGACGCGGCCCGGCCUCCGAGGGGCGUGGGCCCCAGGAGGCGGGUCCGGCCUGGGGGCUGGGCCACCGCCGGGUUAAAGGCGGCUCCUUCCCCGGUGCCGCUGCUCCCGGCGUCGCACGUUUGUCCCCGCUGUGAUGGCCUCGUUGCCUCUCCUGCCCUUCCUGCGUCUGCUGCUGCUGCUGGAGGGCCCCUCGGCGGCGCGGGCGUCCCUGCUGGGAACAUUCCCAGAGGGGGCGGCCCCCUGCAAGGCUGGUGAGCUGUGCCUGAGAGCGCCCCUGGGGAAGUCAGACCCACCACCUGUCAAUGUGAGCCUCUAUUAUGAGUCACUAUGUCCCGGCUGCCGAUAUUUUCUGGUCCGAGAGCUUUUCCCAACGUGGCUGUUGGUUCAGGAGAUCCUCAAUGUCACGUUGGUGCCCUAUGGAAACGCUCAGGAACAAAACAUCAGUGGCAAGUGGGAGUUCACAUGCCAACACGGGGAGCAGGAAUGCAAGCUUAACAAGGUGGAGGCCUGCCUGUUGGACCAGCUAGAGAGGAACGUGGCCUUCCUAACCAUUGUCUGCCUCGAGGAAAUGGAUGACAUGGAGAAAAAUCUGAAGCCGUGCCUGCAGAUCUAUGCUCCAAAGGUGUCCCCGGACACCAUCAUGGAGUGUGCAAUGGGGGACCGUGGCAUGCAGCUCUUACACAUCAACGCCCAGCUGACAGACGCUCUGCAACCACCCCACGAAUAUGUGCCCUGGGUCGUCGUCAAUGGGAAACCCAUGAAAGAGCAGGGUCAGCUUUUACGCCUCGUUUGUCAGUUGUACCAGGGCGAGAAGCCGGAUGUCUGCCAAAUCAUGACCAGUUCCCACAAGGAAGUCUGUUUCAAGUGACAGCCAGUGCCCCGGGAGGGGGCUGAUGUAGGAAGAGAAGGAUCCCAUCUGCCCUCGUUUUCUGAUCUCCAACUCUCAGCAACCACUACUCAUCAUCUGGUUAACUUCUACACAUUCCAUUAAUCCGGGACUCAAAAUUUUGCCCCUAGAUCAAGAAUCUUGCCCUACUGAGAAUGGUGCUACAUCGAAACUUGUUCAAUAAACACUUCUGGAUGUUGUGAUUCAUUUGCUAAGGCAGCAGAUCCCCUUCUUCUGGAUUUGCACAAUGUUGGGACCCCUGAGAAGACCCCUGUCCAGGGGAUGCAGAGCCAGAUGGACAUCCCUAGUCCCACGGUGGGCAGCAAUGGGCCAGAUGGAGAGGCACCAGGGCUAGAGAAGUCCAGAGGAGGAGUGAAGGUCCUGCACUGGGAAAAGGGACAUUGGGGCUGGGGUUUUGAAGAGUAACUAAAAGUUCAUUAGGCAGAAAAUGUAUUCAUUAAUUCAACAAACAUCCCUAGCUACCCCUUUUUGCUGACCCUACUCUGGGUGUUAUGGGUUGAGCUAAAGAAUGAUAAUUGGGGCCAGGCAAGACCAAAGGAUGGGACAGGAACCUUGUGCCAGAAAUUAGAAAGAAUGUGUUCACUAAGGGGAUAUCAUAGUGUUCCAGGAAAGGGAAUAAGUGUGCAGAGAUUCAGAUGGCAGCAAAAUUUGGACCUAGAAUGCCAGGCUUAGGCACCUGAGAACAACAGGGCAUGUUACAGGAUAAUUUUCAAAGAAAGGAAAAAUCGUGAUUCUCAUACUGAUGUAAAAUGAAUACUUGUUAAAGAUUUUAUUGAAUUCAUGAUUAAUGAAAGAAACCGGUCAGAUGUUCAAAGAAGAUACAGGUUUAUAGAUCAGAAAUAUUGAAAUGAUUGUGCAAAACUGCCUUUUUCACAGGGGCAGGGGAAGAAAGAGUUCUUUUUUUUCCCACCCAGCUUGAUAAUGUUUUCCUAAUUUUAAUACAGUUGACCCUUGAACAGCAUAGGUUUGAACUGCGUGGGUCCACUUAUGCCCGGAUUUUUUUUUCUCACUAAAUACCUACCACAGUUCUAUGUGAUCAGCGGUUGAUGUGUGUAGCGAGAACGCUGAAGAUGUAUUUGCUUAGCAACUUACAAGUAUACAAUACAGAACUAUUAACAAAAGUCA